AUGGACGCUUUUCAUAUCUUCGCAUUUGCGUUUUCGUUGUGUUUUGUCUCAGUAUUUGCAUCAACCAGAAUAGUCAAUGGUACUGAUGCUUUAGAGGGUGAAUUCCCUUUUGCGGUUUCCCUUAGACACAACUCCAGGCAUACUUGUGGAGGGACCAUUUUAAAUGAAAAAUACAUUUUAAGUGCAGCCCAUUGCGUUUGCAAUGAUAAAAGGUACGGAUUUGAACCGUUUGGGUGGUUGUUCAGUCCGAGAAAUAGCAGCGCUUAUUCGAUCCAAUACGGCUUGAACGAAAUCACCACCGAAGCCACGAAUGUUGUUAACGUUAAAAAAAUCAACUGUCACAAUUUCGACUCGGAUAAGUUGAUAUUCGAUUGUGCUGUUUUAGAGUUGGAAUCUCCCUUACCCGACGACGGAUCUUGGAAGCCAGUAACAAUAUCAAAGGAUUUCGAUACUAAAAGCCCUCAAACUGGUAUUAUUAUUGGCUGGGGAAAAACGGCCCAAGACGCACCAUUAUCGCGAAAACUGCAAAAAUUGCAAGUAGACAUUUUUGACGAUGAAACGUGUGCAGCCGCCAUGGACAACACUCACCAUAUUUGCUUUGGAGCUAUGAACGGCGGAGCUUGCAAUGGCGAUUCCGGAACAGCUCUUCUAGUAGAUAACCAGCAAGUAGGAAUAGCUUCAUUUAUAACAAACAAAUGCGGAAUAGCUACUAAAAAGCAUCCGAACGUUUAUUCCCGAGUGCCAACCUAUUUCGAUUGGAUUUCGAAUAUCAUGGCCAGACAGGAUAAAGAAGAAAAACAGGACGAAGAAGCCAGACGACAACAAGAAAAACAAGACGAAGAAGCCAGACGACAACAAGAAAAACAGGACGAAGAAGCCAGACGACAACAAGAAAAACAAGACGAAGAAGCUAAACGACAACAAAAGAAACAAGACGAAGAGGCCAGACGAUAA